UUAAAGCCGUAAACUUCAAUCUGGAUUUUCCUCGGUUACUGGGUGCGUUGGGGCUAGCGGAUGCCCACAUUGACUGGAUGAACACCCAACUGAGCAAAACAUCAGUACAGUGAAUCUUUGCUUAGUUUGUGUACCACCGCUCUCUCUCUGGGUGGGUAGGUGGCUGAAGUAAGGUUUGAGCGAGCUUCCCAUGUAGUCAAAACCCCACGUCUUCCUUUCCCCCUCCUCCACCACUCUGUCCUCUAAUACAAUCAUAUCAAAUCUACCUACUUUUCUCAAAUGUAAGUCUGAAAAUCGUUCAAAUCACAACCAUCUUGGUCCCUCCUCAUUUCCUGGAACACCUGCACACGUCUAUUUCAUCAUAAAAUCAACGGCCUAGAUGCUAUCACCUCGUACAAUCAAAUUAGAUGCUAACGCUAUAACCCUACCUAAGCCCCCCCACUCUCUCUCUCUCUCUCUCUCUACAAUUUCCCACCAACCUCCGAACACAUUCCCCUUUAUAAAUGACUAACUUUUUUAGCUGUUAGUUUGGAGAAUAGGCAGAACUCUAUCACCAAACAAGCAAACAAAAGUCUUUUUUGAUUCACCUACUAUCACUAAUGGCUGCUGCUUCUCUUCGAACCUUAACUUCAAGCAUUUCUCAUCUGGGUGGUUCUGCUCACCAAUCUGUUGCUCUUGAUUUGGGUUCUCAGCCUUCUCGAUCCUUAUUCUUCCCUUCACGUCCUUAUAAUCUUUUCCUCAAACCACUAGAGGCUACUAGACAAGUAGGGUCAUCUAGAAUAAGUGCAGUAGUGAAGCCAGAAAGUGAUUCUGAUCAGGAGAUGGAACUUGAUAUUUCUUUGAGCCCAAGAGUCAAUUCUUUAAAACCUUCAAAGACUGUAGCCAUAAUGGACCAUGCUACUUCUCUCUUAGAAGCUGGAAUUCCCGUUAUUCGAUUGGCUGCUGGAGAACCCGAUUUUGAUACCCCAACUCCAAUAGCAGAGGCUGGGAUAAAUGCAAUUCGUGAAGGCUACACUAGAUAUACUCCAAAUGCUGGUACAUUAGAAGUUCGAACAGCAAUUUGUCAUAAACUGAAGGAGGAGAACGGUCUCUCUUAUGCACCUAAUGAGAUUUUGGUCAGCAACGGAGCUAAGCAAAGUAUUGUUCAAGCAGUACUUGCUGUUUGUUCUCCAGGAGAUGAGGUUUUAAUUCCAGCACCUUUCUGGGUCAGUUACCCAGAAAUUGCAAGGUUGGCUGAUGCAACACCUGUGAUUGUUCCUACAUCUAUAUCUGAGAAUUUCCUCAUGGAUCCAAGGCUACUCGAAUCCAAAAUCAGUGAAAAAUCUAGACUGCUGAUUCUUUGCUCCCCAUCUAACCCGACUGGAUCAGUUUAUCCAAAAGAAUUGCUUGAAGAGAUUGCACGGAUUGUGGCAAAAUAUCCUAGGCUUCUGGUUUUAUCUGAUGAAAUAUAUGAGCACAUAAUUUAUGCACCGGCUACCCAUACAAGUUUUGCUUCGCUGCCAGGCAUGUGGGAAAGGACUUUAACCGUGAAUGGCUUUUCAAAGGCUUUUGCAAUGACCGGUUGGAGACUUGGAUAUCUUGCUGCCCCUAGGCACUUCCUUGCAGCAUGCAAUAAGAUCCAGAGUCAGUUCACUUCAGGAGCUAGCAGUAUAGCUCAAAAAGCAGCAGUUGCUGCAUUAGGACUUGGCUUUGCUGGUGGAGAAGCAGUAUCUACCAUGGUGAAAGCAUUCAAGGAACGAAGAGAUUUCUUGAUUAAAAGCUUUGGAGAAAUGGAAGGGGUUAGAAUGUCAGAACCUCAGGGAGCAUUUUAUCUCUUCAUUGAUGUCAGCUCUUACUAUGGCGUAGAGGUCGAAGGUUUUGGUAAAAUUGACGAUUCUGAUUCUCUCUGCCGAUACCUGCUAGAUAAUGCACAGGUUGCAGUAGUCCCAGGGGGUGCCUUUGGAGAUGACAGUUGCAUACGCAUCUCUUAUGCAGCAUCUCUCACCACCUUACAGGCAGCUGUAGAAAGAAUUAAGAAAGCACUUAUCCCACUCAAGCCUGCUGUCCCUGUUUGAGGUACAGCAACACUAACGUAAAAUUGUGAUUGUUGUACUCUCAUUUGUGAUUCAGAUUGUAUUUUGUCAUCAAUGGAAUUGUUGUACGUGCAAAUAAAAAGGACAUUUUUGGAGA